CCUGGACAAAGAUACAAAUUAUCCAACUGUACAGAACUCAUCUGUAAGGGAGACAACAAGGUAGAAGUAAUUCCAACGCACUGCCCACCUGCAAAGGAAAUUACCUGUGCAAACAAAUAUCCAGCAAUACUGGUACCUGAUGAAAACGGCUGCUGUUACAAAUAUGAGUGUCAAUGUGUGUGCAGUGGAUGGGGUGAUCCUCAUUAUAUUACUUUUGAUGGAACUUACUAUACUUUCCUUGAAAACUGCACUUAUGUCCUGGUGAAACAGAUUAUACCCAAAUAUGACAACUUCCGUGUUUACAUUGACAAUUAUUACUGCGAUGCAAGAGAUGGACUUUCCUGCCCUAAAUCCAUUAUUAUUUUCUACAAAUCUGCAGAAGUGGUGCUGACCCGUAAACUCAUGAAUGGUGUGAUGACCAAUGUGAUGUACUUCAACCAAAAGACUGUCAAACCAGGCUUCAAAAAAGAUGGCAUUUCUUUCUCCACACUUGGCAUCAAUAUGAUUGUUGAAAUACCAGAGAUUGGUGCAACCAUCACCUUUAGUGGACUAAUUUUCUCGGUGAAACUCCCAUACAGCAAAUUUGGCAACAACACCGAAGGACAGUGUGGAACAUGUACAAAUAAUAAGUUAGAUGAAUGCCGCUUACCAAGUGGUAAGAUCAUUUCUUCCUGUCCCCAAAUGGCUCCUCAAUGGAUCGUUGGUAACAAGUCGUCAUGCCAUGGAAUACCAGGACCACCUGGAACCACACCUUCACCAAAGCCUCAGUGUGAAACACCUCCUCUCUGCAACCUUAUCUGGAGCGAGGUUUUUGCAGAAUGCCAUGCCGUGAUACCACCAGAACCAUUUUUCAAAGGCUGUGUUUUUGAUGGAUGUCGUAUAUCCAAUGAAUCCGCGCAGUGUGCCAGUUUGGAGAUAUAUGCUACAGAGUGUGCUGCUAGAGGAGUCUGCAUUGACUGGAGAGGAAAGACCAACAAUACAUGCCCAUAUAACUGUCCAGCAAGCAUGCUAUACAAGCCAUGUGGGUCCAUUAAUCCUGCUACCUGUGACCCAAGCCUUGUUGAGCUUCCUGGCUAUGGAGUAACUGAAGGAUGUUUCUGUCCUGAAGGAAAGACACUCAUAAGUAAAGACAGCAACACCUGUGUCUCUGAAUGCUCUUGUAGAGAACCAAAUGGAGCAUCCAGACAGCCAGGCGAAAAAUGGACAAAAGAUUGCCAGGAAUGUGUCUGUGACAAAAAUAAUCUUGAAGUGCACUGUACAAAACACAAAUGUUCUCUGACACAGCAAGUAUUUUGUGAUGAACCAGGUUACAUGCCUGUUCAGAUACAGAUACCGGAAGAUCCAUGCUGUACCAAGACCGAGUGUUACUGCAACACUACCCUCUGCCCUAAGGUCACACCCCAGUGCAUAGUGGGACAGGAAGUAGUCACGAUAAUGCAGCCUGGAAAAUGCUGUCCUACCUUUGAAUGCAGACACGGCUGUGUAGUCAAUGAAACCUACUAUGCAGGUUUUAAGUAUACGAAGAAACCUGGAGAGUGCUGCGGCACAUGCAAGGCAGUGGCUUGUGUGCUGACUGUGGGAGACAACAUUACACGUGUGCUCCAAGUUGGAGAAUUCUGGAACCCACCAGGUGAUAACUGUACAACUCACACAUGUGAAAAAUAUGGUGACCUGUUCAUUCAAGUCAUGUUAAAGAAAAGCUGUCCUCCCUUUAACCCUGAUGACUGUGAUCCAGAUGACAUCAAGCUAUCCGAUGAUGGCUGCUGUAAAGAGUGCCAAAACAACCUGAAGAGUUGUAUGAAGCACAAUACUACUACUGUCAUCAAAUAUCAUGGAUGUGUAUCUCCUGCACCUGUUGAGAUGACAUACUGUGAAGGAAGCUGUGAUGCUUACUCACGAUAUUCUCCAGAGGCGAACACGAUGGAACAUAAAUGCUCAUGUUGUCAGGAAAUCAAGACCAGCCAGAGAAAGGUGACUCUGACGUGCAGUGACGGAACCUACCUUGAUCACUCAUACACCUAUGUGGAUAAAUGCAGCUGUGUGAGCACUGACUGCAUUCCCCAAGUCGGCACCCAACAGGCAACAAACCAGAUAAAGGCCUCUCAGGGAAAAGUGAAUGUCUAA